AACGUCGAUGUCCGUAUGGACUUCUGCAGCAUCUCUGUUCUCAGAGGUGUAUGAUCUCAACCCUUCGGCACCAUGGAAUACACACAACCGGUAUCAUCUCCAGCAUUUCGCGAGAGCGUUGGCCCCAUCGCCAAACACGCCUUGAAGCUAGCAGCGAAGGCAACUCACAAAUUGGGCCGAGUCCCGGGGUCCGCAGUACUGGGUCGCUACAUCCAUGCAUCAUACCAGAAUGAUCCAUUCCGCAGUAUCUUGGAACUAUUCCUGUUUCUCAUCGCCGUUCGCUAUCUUGUAGGAUCCAAGUACAAUCCCAAGAAGAGAGCCAGUCACGUCCUGUUGACCGAAGAUGAGAUCGAUGAGCUGGUGGAGGAUUGGGCACCGGAGGCUCUUGUACAGGAGCAGCCCGAGAUGUUGAGAUCCGGCGAGCACCUCCCCAUAUUGCAUCGAGAGGCACCCACUGGACCAAGAACGAAGCUGCGGGACGGCAGGACUGUCACGAACCUGGCCAACUACAACCACUACAACCUAGCCAAUCACCCAGAUCUCAUUGAGCUUGCAGCCAGAACCAUUCGUACCUAUGGUGUUGGGCCUUGUUCCGCUCCUGGCUUUGCCGGAAUCUUUGAUGUUCAUUUGAAGCUCGAGCAAGAUAUCGCAAGCCACUUUGGAACCGAAAGCGCCAUAAUUUACUCCCAGAGCUUCUCCACCAUCAGCAGUGUCAUAUCCACCUUCUGCAAACGUGGCGAUAUCAUUGUGGCCGAUCGUGCGGUGAACUAUCCCAUUCGCAUGGGCAUCCGAGCAUCGAGGAGCAUCGUUCGCUGGUUUGAGCACAAUGACAUGGAAGACCUGGAAAGGGUGCUCGCCAAGCUCGUGAGUGAAGAGCGACCGCUCACGCGGAGGUUCAUAAUCACGGAAGCUCUGUCAGAGAAUGUUGGCGACAUGAUCGACCUGCGCAAGCUUCUCGAGCUCAAGUACAAGUAUAAAUUUCGAGUCAUUUUGGAUGAAACGUGGUCUUACGGUAUCCUGGGUGAGACUGGCAGAGGCUUGACCGAGCUGCAAAAUGUAGACCCGACCAACAUUGACAUACUUGUCGGCAGCUUAGCGGGCUGUGUUGCGACCGGUGGUGGCUUCUGUACCGGAUGUGAAGGGAUGGUAGAACAUCAGCGCCUCAACUCCCCAGCUGUGACUUUCUCAGCCUCCUUGGCGACGUUCUUGACAACCACAGCUUCUGCUGUCAUCGGACGUCUUCCGUCGGAUGAUGGAGCGAGAGACUUGAGAACUCUGCGAGAACGUAUCGAUGUGCUUCGUGCGCAGCUUCAGAAAAGCGAUUGGGUAAGGUGCACAAGUGCGUCGAGCAAUCCAGUCAUUCAUUUGACGUUAAAGGAAAAGUAUGUCGAAAGCCGUUGCCUCUCGUAUCGGGAGCAGGAGUCUUUGUUGCAAGAAUGCGUUGACGAGUGUCUCAGGAUCCACUCCAUUCUCAUUACCUGCCUCAAAAGCAUGCCUCUCAUGGAAGGCUUGCAUCCGCGAGAAGCCUCGAAGGAGUAUCAGCCCCAGCCAGCCAUCAAGGUGUGUGCUUCCACAGCUUUAUCGCAUAAAGACAUGGAGAAGUCGGGCAUUGCUAUACGACACGCAAUCACAGCUGUAAUGAAGCGGUCUAGGAAGUGACGAAGACGAGGUCCCAAACCGGGUCCUGUUUCCCAGGCGCCGAGACUGUGCGGGCCGGGCCCAGAUUCCAGGUUCUCUUUCCACUGCGUUCGAAUGCAUCUGUCAAGCUCGAUCUCAACCUCGUUUGUUUCUCUGAUGAUGCAGAAAACUUUAGCUUUAUCUAAUUACCAUUAGCGGCCUCCUUGGCCAUCAUCAUCAUGUUUGAAUUCGUCUGCAGGAAAUCAAAGUGUUCCUUCGUCCUCGGGGCGCUAUUUCUCGCGCUUCCGUUUAGACGGCUCGAACUCUUCGCAAAUUGUUGGAGAUACCAGACGAAGCACACUCAACGCGGUUGUUGCGAGGCAAUGGCCUUGGACUGAGUUCGGAUAGGGCAGCGAUGGUACAGGAAGGUAGCGAAAUUCUCCACAGUAACAUGCAUUGACGAAGUCGAUCGCAUAGGAGACGUCCUUGGAGGACCCUGGGAUUUGCAGUCGAAAACCGAGUUGAAGGGUUCUUCGUCGUAGGAGCAAUAGGCCAGAGUUGCAUGGCUAGCUUCAGUGAUUGCCCAUGCGCAUGGGCAUCUGCAGGUUUUGUUGCUGCUGUUGCUGGUCGAACGCAGCCAUGCCUCCGGCGCAAUGACCAUCUUUGUCCUAAUGCGAAACUGUAUUGGGGACGCCUCGAUGGCGAUCGGGGCCGUGUCGUCUUGAUCAACUGUAGCACCG